UUAAUAAAAAUUAUUAUUUUUAGCGCUAUCGGAAAUAUUCGUCGACAGGCACCGAAUAUUACUAUGCUUACAAUCGAAAGUAGAUCUUUGGAUGUAGUUAAUCAAGUACAGGAUUUUGAACAUCUAAAAGUGCUUAGUCUUCAUUAUUCUCCAAUUCUAGACGAUGUUAUUCUGCCCGAUUUGUUUCCUGCUAACUUUUCGCAACAAUUAAAGGCUCUCGAAUUGUUUGUUGUUAGUGAGAAUUUUAUUUCUAUGCGCUUUCGUCCAGAAUUCUUUCUACAAUUGGAGCACAUUAAAUUCGAUAUCAUUGAAAACCCCACAACUAAUUACAACACAAUUUUGGGUCAAAUUGUUGAGUUUCCAGCAUUGCGUUCAAUCUCAUUGGGAGUUUAUACCAGAGCGAAAAAAUUAAUCCGUCGGGCUGAAUAUCUGAAUUUUAUGAGAAGAUUGUAUGAGAAAGGGAAGUUGGAGCAUUUGAAAGUCAACUUGCUUCUCACAACUGAAAUGGCGAUUGGUGUAUUCCAACAUUGCCCUAAAAUCCGUUCAUUGUAUUUCUAUAAAAGUUCAAAUCCAAAUAAUAUAAACGAAGAGGAAGAAUAUUUUAUUGCAAAUGAAUUUAUUGAGAGAUUUGAACAACUAAAACUAAACAAAAUCCCCCCAACUUCUGACUCUAAAAAAGUUGUAAUGCUCGGAAAUUUGUUUAAAGGGACUAAACUUGAAAGAGGAAAUGAAUGGAUUAAAUGUAAAGAAAAUAUAAGAGGAAGUCAUGUAUUGAAGGAAUUAUUUGUUAACGAAUUUAAAGAAUAUGAGGAAAAUAAUACUCGAAAAUAA